ACUCCUUUAAACCACGAGUUUCGUCGUGCGUAUAGGCUCCCGCAUCUUGACGCGCCAUCGGGCCCAACAGAAAAAAAAAGGCCGUCGGCCCCAGCCUGUCACGCUCCAGCCGCAGUCGUCCGCCAGCCCAGCCUGUCACGCUCCAGCCGCAGUCGUCCGCCAGCCCUAAGGGAACUUGACAUCCCCUCGCGCCGCAGGCAAUCCCCUCGCGCCGCAGCCGCCCGUCGACCCUCCCAGUGCUCUCCCACGCCAUGUCCGCCGCCAGAGCCGCUGCGACCUCAUUGCCAUGGCCACCGCAAUGUCAAUCCCUGCCCUCCUUCUCCUCCUUGCAACGCCGGUGUUCCGCUGGUGUUGCUCGACGGCGGGGCAGUCCAAGGCGAGGGGAUGGUUCUUUGGUCAAGUAACCGCCAUGCACACAGCACGUCUCCAGCACCUGCAGCAACUGCUCGUCUCCGGGGCAACCGCCGAACAAUGUGCAUUACAAAAAGUUUGCCGUGAAGUAGGCCGCCGGGAAGAAGAAAAGAGCCGCUGUGCAGAAGGAGGGGAGAAGGGUAGCGACCAAUUUCUUCCACAAAUCUCUGUGUUUGGCCGCCGGGAAGAAGAAAAGAGUCGCUGUGCAGAAGGAGGGGAGAAGACUAGCGACCAAUUUCUUCCACAAAUCUCUGUGUUUGGUACGAUUGAUUGCUUUCUGAAUUUUCCCCCUGUCCAUCAUUUUCCCCCUUCUGUAAUUGUAAAAUGGAAUGUUGUAGCACAUUAUCUCCUUGUCUUCACGGCCAUUUGUUGUCUUCAAUAUGUCAUUAGCAUCCUUUUGUCGUUAAACAUUGUUUUCUGAAUUAUUCUCUCUC